GGGCGCUUGAUUAUGACGUCCGUUAAACGUGUUUAUGAUAAGGGUCGAUUUGGGGAUUUGAUCGAAACCCGUAGGAAUUGACGCAUAUCUUUAUGGAUAACGAUUAUAUUUUAUAUGUAAAUAUAAUAAAAACUUUUUCACGUUAUGGCUCUGCUGGAAAAGACUGAAGUUAAAACAGACCAAGACACACAAGCCACAAUCACUGAUGAAGAGUUAAAUUACCCUAAACCUGAGGAGGAUGGUAGUGGUGGUGGUGAAUGUGAUAGUGAUGGUGAUGAUGUUGAGGAUGAGGAAGCAGAGCUUGAUAAAGAUGCUGACCAGGAAAUGAAAAGUGAAAAUGGAGAUGAAACUCUACAACUGGAGACUAAUAAAGAAGAUGGCCUUGAGAAACCAAAAGAUCAUUGUGUUAUAAGGAAGAAAAAAAAGGCAGGAAGUAAUUCAUCCAGUUUCACCGAGGGUUGGGUGGAGUUCCGAGACAAACGGAUCGCUAAGAGAGUCGCGGCCAGUCUGCACAACACACCCAUGGCCAACAGGAAGAGGAGCCGUUUCAGUAGUGACCUGUGGUUCCAGUGGUGUCAUCUCAGCGAGCGAUUGGCUUAUGAGCAGACCGUCUAUCACCAGCGUAUGAGGACAGAAAUCUUCCAGGCAAAGAGGGAGACGAACUUCUACCUGGCUAGUGUGGAGAAGAGCCAGAACAUGGCGAAACUCAAGAAGAAGAGGGAGAAGAAGGGCGAGGUUGUGGAGGAGAAGACCUGGGACUUCAAACAGCGUCCUACAGAAGAAGAGAUCCAGAUGAAACGGUUGAAGAGUAAAGGAUUAUCCAAGAAGAGUCUCCAGAAGGCUCAAGAGAAGAGCAAAGCCAUCCAGGAUAAAGCUCAAUCGAACGUUUCCCUGUUGGCUAAGAUCUUCAACAGUGGCAGGGCCCAGAACGGAUGAGAUGAGAAGAUUUAAAGGGAUAGUUCUGUGUUAAUAACACAAAAGGAAAUGUUUUGAAAAUGUCUUGGAGUUAUUUAAUUUUUAUGUAGUACAAUGAAAGGAUUGUACUUGCAUUUCGGUCCGUUCCUCACACAAAGCCAUCAUUUGGCUUCAGAAGACAUAUGGGCUACUUUUAUGUAUUCCUCUCUGUGCCUAUUUCAAAAAUGUUUAAUUCUUUAAUCACUUUUAAUCAUUUGAAGGAAGAAAAAAAAUUACGAAUUUCUGGGGAGAAAUAAUCCAUGUCAAAUCACAUGGAUUAUUAAUAAUAAAAUAGGUUUUUGAGAGCAAAAUGUCCAAACUACUGAG